GCCAGAAAAGUAACAUGCCAAUUUGUGUGUGAGGGUGUGGGGUAAGAGGGGGUGUGCCCUCAGCGUCUGAGAAGCGCUUGAAAGUGGUACGAACAUGCAACUAGUUUGAGAAACACCUUUGGGAAAAGAGAGACGAUUUCCUCUUCCUCCUCCUCUGCUCGACCUCCUUUUUGUAUCCCCUGCUGUCCGUCGCUGACUUGACGGCCUGCAGGCAAAAGGGGUCACAAGUGUGCCUCGUUGAAUCUGCAACGUCCUCCCGCAGGAAGCCAUGUUGGAUCUGACAUCACGCGGGAGGAUGCCCGUGGAGACGCGCUCCUUCCGUGACACGUCAGCCGUGGGUCGAUUUCCAAGUGUCGCACUCGCUGCGGGUGACGAGGACCCCGAGGAGGCUCCCGCCAAGGCCCCUGAGGAAGCCAAGGACGAUGUGUGCCGGCAGUGGCUGCGCCGCGUGGGCCGGUGCUGCUGCCCAGAGACGGACGACGACGACGUCACCGAUACGCUCGUCACGGCGCCGGAAGAGGGCAAGGACGAGGGGGAGCUCGGCAAGAGGCCUGCGCCCGGUGAUAGCGAGCUCGCCGAGCUGCCCCUCAAAGUGAAAUCAAUAGACCUGAUGAAGGGCAAAACAGGAGCCGAGCGCCUGGCGCACCGCACGCACCUCUACCAAUGCGACGACUUCAUCAUCCGGAGAGGCCAGACGUUCCACAUGUGGCUCACGCUGUCCCGAGCGUUCCGGCCCGACACGGACAAACUUCACUUGGAACUCAAAACAGGGCCUCUGCCAACGGUGUCAAAAGGAACGCACGUCAUUAUCCCACUGGUGGACGAGCCGCAGGACGGCCGCUGGCAAGUCGCCCCGGAUGAGUGGGACGGCGCGAGGAUGAAGCUGUCCGUCAACUCCCCGGCCAGCGCCGCCGUCGGGCGCUAUCGGCUCCAGGUGGAAACGGAGUGUCCGAGCGGACGGGCUAUUUCUGCGCACGACCCCGCUAAUGACAUCUAUGUGCUGUUCAACCCCUGGUGUGACGAGGACGCGGUGUUCAUGGACGCCGAAGACGAGCGUCAGGAGUACGUCGUCAACGACGUCGGGCGCAUCUAUUACGGCACGCGGGACCAAAUUGCGGUCCGGACGUGGGACUACGGACAGUUUGACGACGGCAUACUGGCCGCGUGCCUCUUCGUCCUGGACAAGAGCGGAACUCCUCCGUCUGGGUGGGGGGACCCUGUUAAUGUGGUGCGAGUCGUGUCAGGCAUGAUCAACUCUCGCGAUGACCAAGGUGUUGUGGAGGGAAACUGGUCGGGGAAUUACAUUCAAGGAACAUCUCCGACCGUCUGGAGCGGAAGUAUGGAAAUACUGACGGAAUACCACAAAAACAACGGCACUCCCGUCAAAUACGGCCAAUGUUGGGUUUUUGCUGGGAUCGUCACCACAGUUUUGAGGUGUUUGGGCAUUCCCAGCCGAACGGUGACCAACUUCAGCUCCGCACACGACACCGACGUCUCCUUGACGACAGAUGUGUACCUUGACGAGGACCUGCAGCCCUUGGCUCAUCUGAAUGCGGACUCCGUCUGGAACUUCCACGUGUGGAACGACUGCUGGAUGGCUCGUCACGACUUGCCUGCGGGAAUGGGCGGCUGGCAAGCGCUGGACGCCACGCCCCAGGAGACCAGCCAGGGCACGUUCCGCUGCGGCCCCGCUUCUCUCGCCGCCAUCCGCGACGGUCAGGUCUUCCUCAAGCACGACGCCCAGUUCGUGUUUGCCGAGGUGAACAGCGAUAAGAUCUACUGGCAGAGGAACCCGGACGGGACCUUCUCCAAAAUAUAUAGCGAGAAGAAGGUCGUGGGCCACCUCAUGAGCACCAAGGCCGUCGGCUCGGACGGACGAAGCGACAUCACCCGCCUUUACAAGCACCCUGAAGGAACGGCGGCUGAGCGCAUCGCUGUGGAAACGGCAUGCCGUUACGGUUCCAAAGCGGAGGCGUACUCCUCCCCCGUGGUGGAGGACGUGGCCAUCGCGGUGUCCAUGGACGGCGACGGCCCCCAAAUGGGGCGGGACGCCGAGCUGACCGUCACGCUGCGCAACAGCAGCGCAGAGCACCGACGCGUCGUCCUGCAUAGCCAAAUAGCCGUCAUGUACUACACCGGCGUACACAAGGCAACCGUCAGGACGGACCACACCGACCUGGACCUGCUGCCCACUGAGGUGAAGUUUUUGGAGUGGACCCUCGAGUACAAAGACUACAAGGACCAACUGGUGGACCAGGCCGCCCUCAUGUUGACGCUGUCGGGCCGGGUCAAAGAGACGCAGCAGGUCCUCGCCACGCAGUUCAGUUUCCGUCUCAGGACUCCAGACUUGCUCUUAAAGCCCAUCGGGAAGGCCGUCGUCGGGGAGAAGAUACCCGUGGAGAUUUCCUUCACUAACCCUCUACCCCAGGUGCUGACGUCAGUCAUGUUCCACGUGGAGGGACUGGGCCUCACCACCGCUCGAAAGAUUCCUCACGGAGAUAUCGGGAGCCGAGCCACCGUCUCCUUCACCGAGCACAUGGUGCCCACGCUGGCCGGGCCCAGGAAAUUACUUGCGUCUUUGCACUGCCGGCAGCUGACGCAGGUCCACGGUGUGACAGAUGUCGCCGUGCGCCAAAGAAGCUAUGGCGCACUAUAAGCGAUGACCCUUUCUGUAGAAAGGAUCAAGAAAAGCGCAUAGUCAAAACUUGAUUUAAAGCCUGACAUUGGGCACCGCGAAGGAACAUAAGAGCCCUCGGGCAAAUGUGGGAUUUUACCUCGGAAAGCACUGAAAGUGAAAGCGUAUACUGGAGUCGCACUCCGAAAUAAUUAACAAGCUAUAAGUCCUUGUCCUUGACAGUGCGCUUUUAGGCAUGGUUACGUUGGAAUCAUGUUUUACACACAGUGGGACCUCUAAGAAGGUCAGUGCCGUGUUGAGUGCUAAGUAAGCAUGUGUGCCUCUCAGCCAAAAGAUUCUCCUUCAUGGAGUUUGCACGCUCUCCACCCACAUUCCGAACACAUUAAAGGCUAAAUUGCCCAUAGGUAUGAAUGCGAGUGCGAAUGCUUGUUUGCAAUGAUGAUGAUGAUAAUAAUCAUCAAUUCAUUCAGACGGGUUGAUGUCCACCGUUCACACAUUUCUGAAUGAAAUACAUCUGAUGCAUCGCAUGUCCGCAGAGCUCGCACGUCUGUCUGCCUGCACCGCGAUCAAAUUCAACCAAAAUUGCGUUAGACUAGCUACUCCAAAAGUUAGACAUGGUUUCAGAAGGCGUAGGUUUAGACCGGUUUUCACUCACCAAAUUGUCACAUGCGGCGGGGCACAUGUCAAAGGACAAACCGUUGCGUCGGCACGCCCAUCUGGGCGCAGACCGGUCUGCCAAAUUGGCAAACAUUGGUUUUAAACUGGUUUAUUGUACUGUAUUCUAGUAACUGUUGUCUUUUCUGUACCAAAGCUCAGUGUGCUCCUCUCGACGCAGUUUGAAAUAACACGAGCUGAUAGCAAACUGUGCGAAAGCCUCACAUGCUUCUGCAUUGAAUGUGGACGGGGUGCACUCCAGCAUGUGGAGAGAGCACUCGUGUUUGAAGGAAUUCACAAUGAUUCAUCCCUAACAGGAGCAUAAUUGGCACAUGUACUAUUUUGUAGCUUGUUUGUUAAAGCACCCACACUCCGAGUGUGUUUUAUAAAGCUAUUAUAACAAUACGGCGAGUAUCCAGUAUCAUGCUGUGACUAGUAUCACAAUACAGCGCGAUAUGGCCGGUAUAACAAAUCGGCCGAUAUCACAAUAGAACUAAUUUCAGAGUACAACUGUAAUUAUGACCUCACGAGUACCACGAUAUGGCGUUAUCAAGAUAUUCUUUGAAUGACAAAUCUGCUAUGAUCACAAUACAGCUCGUAUUCUGAUACUGAGAGUAUCGCGAAUCAGCAACAAUCACUAUGCAGCUAGUAUUGUCCUACGGAUGGUAAAACAAAAUCAGAUGGUAUCACGUUACAAUGAGUAUCACUUUACAGCUCAUAUCGCGCAUUGCCAGUAUCACGAUACAGCACGGCCAGUAUACAAACAAUCCUUCAGUAUCACGAUACGUACGAUAAGUGUCACAAUACGGCUUCAUAUCACAAUACAGCCACUAUCAUAACAAGUCGGCUUCGAUUACGAUUACGACAUAACUUGUAUCAACUGGGAUCAUGUUACUCCCGAAUUUUAGGAUACAGGUAGUAACUAUCACAAUACAGUUACUAUGGCCAGUAUCACGAAACAGUUAGUUACAAUAUGGACGAUAUGUAUAUUUAAAAAAAAUAAUAAUAAUAAUCAUCAUCAUUUUAUCACGAUGCAAGUGUCACAAUAGGACCAGUCCAGUAUUACAAAUCAGCUAGUAUAACGAUACAGCUCGCGUCUCAAUGAAGUUAGCAUUAUCAUCCAGCCAGUGUUACCAUAUCAGCUGGUGUCACAUCAUGACUGCUGUCACGUUAUUGCUCGUAUCGUGAUGCUGCUUAGUAUCACGAUACGGCUUGUAUCAAUCUUGUAUCAUCAAGAUUCUAGUGUCAGGAUUCGGUCAAUAUCGGGACACCCGAUAUCGCAAUGAGAUUUGUAGCAUACAGAAGUAGGAUGGCGCUGCUGUCGUUUUUCAUAGCCAAUACCAGGAUACGAAUAGUAUCACCAUACACAGAAGAUCUGAAUAUAAGUAGUAUCGCCUACACAUGCACAGCUAGUGUCACAAUGUGGCCAGUAUAGCAAAUCAGAUGGUAUUAACAUUAUAAAACCUUGUUAUUUUUUCACCAAAGCCCGAUUUUCUCUUCUCUCACUGAUUUUGAAUCAUGUGAGCAAAGAGCAAACUGUGAGGAAGCACAAUAAUGCUUUCACAUUAAAUGUAGAGCAGAUGAACUCCAGAAAAAGGAGAGUACACUCAUGUUUGAAUAAAUUCACUAUUAUUAUUCGCUAACAAGGACAAAGUUUGCACAAGGUCGGUGGUUUUGCAGUGUGUUUGUUAAUGCACCCACACGCCGAGUUCAUUUUCUCUCGGCGCUUCAUGUUGGACACAUUCAGUUCAAGUUCAGCGGAUAAGAGACAAGUUAUUCGAUAUUCUGUCAGGGAUAGAAAAGAAAUGAGGAAAAAGAAUGAUAUGAGGCCCAGUUUUCUUAUCCCCCAUUAAUGAUACGUUUUUGCAUCUGAUACCGUGACAGAAUGUAGGCCACCGCACAUUGAACAGGAACAACAAACGUGCUGCAUCUCAUUUCAAAGGAAGCCGACCAAAUGUACCGGUUGACUUAUGGUUAGCUGUGUCAAUGUUGGACAACUCGUACCGUUUAUUCUUUCAAAUUGUAAUAAGAUCAUACAUUAGCACAACUCUUAACCAUGAGAUAUGUGCAGUCAUGCUGCAAUUCUUCUUCUUUUUCUUGUCUCACCCACUGCUGUUUUAAAAAAGAUGAAGCACUUUCUUCCGGUUCAGGUCACUGGCGGAGCCCUAUGGCAUAAUACGACAGCAGGCCAUCAUAAUAAAUUAGCAACUACAGUAUAAGCAAAAAAUCAUAAUAGGACAAGGAACAUCAUACAGCUACUGUCACAUGAUGGCGACGGUGAGUACUGUAUAACAAAACAGCUACUAUCAACUUCUAUUACGAUUGGGGCUAGUAACCCAAUACGGAUCGUCUUACGAUGGGGCUAGUGACCCAAAACGGAUCGUCUUACGAUGGGGCUAGUGACCCAAAACGGAUCGUCUUACGAUGGGGCUAGUAUGUUACAAGCAGGACCACAAAUCAGCUAGUAUCAUGACACAGGUGAUGUGGCAAAUAUCACGAUACGAUGCGUAUCGUGACGCAAUGAGUAUCAUCACACAACUAGUUUCACAAUACGCUUGAAUCCCAAAUCAGCUAGUAUCAAGAUAUAAACUAGUAUUAUAAUGCAGAAAGUAUAAAAAUAUGACUCGUAUCACACUAUAGCUAGUAUCACAAUACAGCCAGUAUUGUGAUACAAAGUUGGCCAAAACUCAGCCUAGAAUACAUACAUCUAGUAUCAGAAUGUGACUAGUAUCAUGAUACAACUAGUAUCACGAAAGAACUACAAACUACAACCAGUAUCAAGAUACAGCUGGUGUUGUAAUUCGACCACGACCAAAAGACAGCUAGUAUCAUGAGUGGUAUCAACGAUCAGUUUGUUUUACGAUACAGCUAGUAUCAUGAUUGGCCCAAGAACAAAAGUCAGUCUUUCAAAUAUGUAAGUGUCACGAUAUUAGUGUCAUGAUACCAGUCGUAGCAUUAGUAGGUACGCGCACCCUUGUGCGUCUGAGACGCUGAUUAUGAAGCUGCAGGCUCCCUCGUGUUGCAGUGUUUUGUCGUUGGUUUUUCUCAUGUGUGAUGCAACUGAAUUCGCGAAGAGUCAAACUAUGGAAGUAUGAUAUGGAAAUAUAUCUGUGGCAAAUUCAAACUCCAUAAAUGAAAAUGUCAUGGUCUGAAAGUACAUCUUUACCAUCUGAGUUUGGAUUGGAAUUUCUGGGUCGAAAGCUAUCACCCAAAUAAAUGCAGGAUGACUCACAAUAUUGGCUGGCUGAGUCAGGUGCCUUGCAAAACGCGUGAGAAUCGAGAAAAAACUUCUUCAUCCCAGCCGUAAUCCCUUCUCGGCAAAAUAGACAGCCGGAGGGCUUCUUCCAGCCUCUUCAGAAACUUUAUCGACCACCAUUUUCCUCGUGUCUGAUGUCGAGGCCUUGGCGAAAGACCUCUCCUCUCCUCAUCCGGACACGCCCCACGAUCUUGUCGUGCCUCAUGGGCUGCUGCGCCGCUUCGGAUGGUGUCCAUUCCCAUCCGGCUGUCAAGGGUGCUGCACUACUUUUGAUUUGAUUUGAUCGAACCUUUACGUAUCCACGUAAGGCAAUUGAAAACCAAUUCUAAAUGUGUAAUUAUGUCGACCUGGCUGCAAACAGCAGAGUAAAACAAAGCAAAACAAGCGCAAAUACAUGUACAAUGUGACAGGCUAAAAACAGUUGUAGCGAUCAUGUACACAGCAUUCAUCACCGUGCCGCCACAGCCUGUGACACUGAGCCAUUUUUUCAAGUAUGAAGUCUUGGAUCUUUUUCUAGCAUCCAAAGUGGAUUCCCAAUCAAACUAUGUCACAUGACUUAUUCAUUAUCAUCAUAUCAGUGCGUGUCUGUCCCCUAAAAAUGACAGCCGUCGUCAUCGCCAACUUUUUGCACAUCAAAGUGUUUGGCGGGGUGCAAGCUUUUUACGAGUGACAAUGAUCCCUUCUUGCCGGUGAAGAAAAUGAUACCUCCCGUUCUUGUGUGGGUGAUUGUCAGAUCGCCUUGGGAAAGCUGUCAAAAAAAAAAAAAAAGAAGCUACACGACUACCACUCCGACUCGCCCCGUCAUAUGUGUUCUGCUCUUUCCUAAGCCACUUUUCUGCUGAAAUAUUGAGCACUGAAGCUCAUCUGACAUGAACGCCGUGUUCUUUCAUUUGAAGCAAGCAAUUUAAUGUUUCCAAAAGCAUGUUAGGUAAGACUAAAUUGUCUUUGAUCUUGACAAAAGUAUGCAUUUUCAAUCUCAACGAUGACAUUAAAUUGUCUUUGAUGUUUGUAAAAACAAGUCAAUUCGGGGCUUCAUCUGGACACUGCCCCUGCUUUGCUGCGGUGUAUCGAGUAGCAAUUCAGUCCUCCCUUCGUGCAGUUUGUUUAUUUAGCUCGGUGACAGCGCGUCCAUCAAUCAAGCGCAGCGAUUGGUAAUUUGUCGUUGAUUUAACGCGUGUCAUUAACAGAUUUGAGUGAACGUGACCGUGGGAGGAUAUGAGGAGACGGGCUGCUUGCGUGAGGUUUUAUUUAUUUUAUUUUUUUUAUCAAGUCUGCUGCUGUCUCAUCCACCUUCUGAUGUGUCACCCAUGAAAAUAAGCUAAUUUAGUUACGACACGGUCUCUUGUCGCUGUGCAGAGGCAACACUUUGUCCCAAAAAUUGGAGCCGGCGAGUGCAGGCGGCACAGAGGAGGAACAUUACUCUCUAGCCAAUGUGAGGAAAACCUCUGAUGCAAGAAAGGCAUCGAGAUUUUGCUGAAGGGCCGCUGGCUGAGUUACAGGCGUCAAGCACGUUCGUACUUAAUUUUAUUACCGUCAUUUCUCGUGUAUAAUGCACACCCAUGUAUAAUACGCACCCCCAAAGUUGACCUCAAAAUUCUGGAAAACCCUUCUACCUAAGUGUAAUGCCUUUUUACAAUGCAUGAUUUUGCUUCUACCCAUAUGAAAAACAUAAACAUGAAGUAUUAUCUAUAUUUUGUUAAGCACUUUAUUUGAAAACGGAAUGCUUUAUUUUUAUUUACUUGUGUUUUAUUUUAUUUUUAAAUUCACAGCCCUACUUUUAUUUAGUAUGUGAGAAAACACACAGAUGUGCUCAUUUGAUUACCCAGGCAGAAUUGGUAAAUUGAUUUUUAUUUUAAUGGCAUUCAAAUUAAACUGUCAAGCAUUUCAGAAAACCAUUAUCAAUGAACAAAACAUAACCAUAAAGAAAUUAAUGAUUGUUGUUGUUCAGUCAUCAGUCGUAUUCUAAAAAAACAAUAUUUCACAAAUUCUGCCAGGGUAUGUAAACCUAUGAGCACAACUGUACAUAUUAUGCUGUCAUAUUGGAAUGAAAAAGGUGUAGGCUACACCUUUUUCAUAGCCUCUAGGUGGCGCUGGCUUAUUAGAAUGAAAGUGUACACCUUUUUCAUAACCUCUAGAUGGCGGCAUACAUUUAUAAAAUGGGAAAGUUUUCCCUAUACCUAUGUAUAAUGCGCACCGUUGAUUUUUGACAAUUUUUUUUUGGGGGGGGGGGAGUAUUAUGCGCAUUAUACACAAGAAAUUACGUACAUUAGAAACAAUUAUCUUUGAUGUUUCAAGGUUCAUUGAUGACAACAUUGACUGUUUACGAGAUGUAUAAUGGUUCAUCAUUGAUUUGCAAAUCAUGUUCAACCUAUAUUUAAUUGAAUACACGACUGCCACCUGUCCCAGCUUUUUUGGAACGUGUUGUAGCCAUAAAAUUCUAAGUUAAUGAUUAUUUGCUAAAAAUAAUCAAGUUUAUCAGUUUGAACAUUAAAUAUCUUGUCUUUGUAGUGUAUUGAAUUAAAUAUAGGUUGAACAUGUUUUGCAAAUCAUUGUAUUCUAUUUUUAUUUAUGUUUAACACAACUUCCCAACUUCAUUGGAAUUUGGGGUGUACUAUAAGAGAUAACAAUGCGAUACAUUACAUUGUGAUAACUGUUGUAACUUGACUCCAUUCAGCCGAGAGCAGUUUUGACCACCCACGUCGACAAAUCAUCCGCCGCUGGCGCUGCAUAAUUCAAAAAUCCGCCUUACUCCUGUUUCCUUUUGGCCCCUUCCGUAAUCUGGUGGUGUUUCCGCGGUCGUCGAGGCAACGAGGCAUCACGGAAAUUUUGGGAGUUCAUCAUCCUACACACACACACACACACACACACACAAACUCCCAGCGUCUCUGCACCUUUUGCAGCGCCAGUGUGGGAGGUGAUGGUUUGCAUAUGAUUUGGCAAAGGUGAUGCGCACAAAUGUUUCACAUAAAACAAAUGAAGUUCCAAUGAAUCUUUUGUAAAAACAUAAAACAGAAACUUUGUGUCAGUGAACCCUAACCCAUUUUUAUUAAACAACAAAGAUGAUAAAAGAUGAUUUUUUGGUGAAAAUCCAAGUGAUUUACAACCUUUAAUGAGCCUAGCGUACAUGUUUUUGUAAACAUCAAAGAAAAGUAGUUCAAAUUAAGCAAUCACACUGUACGUUUUUGUCAAAUCUGAAAAUUUGUUUGUGAACAUCAAAGAUCAUUUAAAGUCUUUCAUGAACCUAACAUGUUCGAAAACAUUCACGGAAAUUAUUAAUCAAUAAAAACAGACCAUGUAAAAUCCUAAAUAAACAUAAAUGUUGUUGUAAACAUCAAAAAUGACUUGAAGGUCUUAAACCUAACACACAGUACAUGUCUUUUAAACAUCAAAGACAAUUAUUAGAUGAUUCUGCAUCGACUGUAAAACUCACACACAAGAAACCUUAAACACGCAAUAAAACAGUCACACUCAGCGAAGAAUCUCUCACACACACACCAAAACCUUAAACCUUAAAAAAACUCAUAUACACCAAAAGCCUCACACGCGUACGCGCACACAAAAUACUCAUACACAUCCCAAAAAAACCUCUCACGUCCCAAAAACCUCUCACACGCACACUCAAAAAACUCAUAAAACAAAAUACUCUCACACAGGUGCCCCCAAAAUAACCUCCCACCAUAUAACACCAAACAAAUCUUUCACACCUACCAAAAAACCUCACACGCAAACCUCGAACAAAAAACCCUCAUACACACCAAUAACUUCUCACAUGCAAAACACUCUCUCUUUCCGCCCCAAAAAUCUCUCACACACGUCCCAAAAAAAACCUCACAGCCACAAAAAAAACCGCUGACACACUCCAAGAAACUUUUGCACACAACAAAAAAACUCUCACACAUACAGAAAACUGUCACUCACACUACAAACCUCUCACAUUCUCUAAAACACCUCUCACACGUAUAAAAAAACACACACAACAAAAAACCUCUCACACUAAAAAUCAUCCAAAAACUCACUCACUCACUCACUCACAUAAAACUUCACGUUCCCCAAACACUGUCUGUCUGUCUCUCUCUCUCUCUUUCUCUCUCUCUCUCUCUCUCUCACUCACCCACUCACAAAACCUCUCACACACAUAAAACCUCAUGUUCCCCAAAAACUCUCUCUUUCACACACACACAAACACAAAACCCCUCCACACAAAAGAAACCUUUCGAUCACUAAAAAAAACUGUCACCUAACAAAAAGCGUCAGCGGGAAGCAGAGUUGCGCCUCAACUUGUGUGGGCAGCAUUCAUCUAAUCAAUAGCGCAACAGUGUUCAAACUGGAGUUCAGAACAUUCAACACCCGAUUGAAAUCGAAUUUCACGCAAUUAAAUGCCAUAUAGAUGACAAAGACAUGAUUUCCGUAUGCCGCAGUUGGUUUCUCUUUCCUGUCAUCACGCCUGAGAAGCGACAGCAGGUCAACGCUAAAAGGGUAUGUGGUGCCCCCCCCCCCCCCCCUCCCAAAAAGGCAUUUGCAUAUUGAUAGCGGCCAAUUAUGCGUCUAUAUACUCCUGUGGCUGAGCUCUUAUUUAUCUCCCCCUGCCGCCAAAUUAACAUACAAAACGAGGUCAAAAGUAAUCAAGCAUCAAAUAAGUGUUAAAUGUUUUUUUUUUAAAGUCUCAUGAGUGACAAGCAGCGAGUGAGUGACAAGUGGAGGGAAAAAAAAAGAAAAUGUGGAUUUUUAGGGUGUUGUCUUUCCACUCACGCACAAUUGGAGUUAGGAUAAAUCAAUAAAGCUGAUUUUUUUUGGAG